CAUAGACCAAGUUUCUGUUGAAUCACUAGCUACUCACCGGCGCCGUGAUUCGUCAAGCUUGUUUGCGACGUCGCGGUCUGUAUGAGACAAGACCUAUGAAAUUUUCUAUUUCAAGCUAUCAGGAGUUUCCACAAUGAGUGCAGCUUGGUAUAUCAGGCAAUGAUGGCCAUCCUUUGCGUUAGCUUCUCAUUGCAAGGUGGUUCAUUUGGGGGAAAUAGAGGAUUGAGACCGGUACCCCCAGAAAAAGGAGUCUUCCCUUUGGAUCAUAUGCACCUCUGCGACCUGGAGAAGAAAGAAUACCUCAAUUGUCUUAAAACGUCUGGUCACCAAUCUGAAAAAUGCAGGCACUUAUCAAAAAAAUACCUUCAAUGUCGUAUGGAAAAGAAUUUGAUGGCAAAGCAAGACAUGGCAGAACUAGGAUUCGGGAAUUUGAGUCAGCCCAGUUUGUCUGGCGAUAAAUUGGAACAAGUUUAAACUGUUCAUCCAUAGAUAACCCUGAGUCGAAGAUCUUAGUUGAAGGAAGCGGAAUUGAUUUUCCUUGAUGUAUCACUGAACUUAAAUCAAGGGACUAAUUCAACAAGCCUUUAUACCAUUCAUUGAUUGUUUUUA